CCCGUCCUGUUUCCGACGACCCCACCAUCCAAUCCGCACUUCUAUCCUUCUUCCUCGCGAUUGUCGAUCUGAACAUUUCGUCCGGCGUUACUGGCGAAGAGCGACUGGUGACGGACUUUGCGGCGCAGAUUAUGGAAUUGAGGGAGUGGGCUGGGGAGGUGUUUGAGAGGAUGCCUGCGGGUGUGGCGGCAGGGGGUAUAGUUGGUCCUGGUGGUGAUGAUGUACAGGGGCAGGUGAGGACGUUGGCGGCGGGGGUUAUGGUUAGGUUGGGGGAGGUUAUAGAGAGGUACCAGGGACGGUUGAUGGGAGUUGGGGUUGGGUUUAAGUAUUGAUGCGGCAUUUCGGCAUUGAUGGGUAGAUUAGUGUACAAAUCAUGUGUUGACUAUUGAAGUCAUAAAUGUAUUCACUACUAAGCACUAAACAUAAUUGCCCAUCUUCUUGUCCGAUGGUAUCGGACCCCCGUAGUAAAGCUGAUCCCCCGCAUCGGACCUCCGCAUUUCAUCACUUCCAUGUUCCGAACCUAUUCAUGAUAAGUACCAGCUUCACCCUCAAUGUCCAAGUAAAUACAAUCCGCCCUACAUCUACGCUCCAACAUACAUCAUCUAGCAUGCUCCCCACAGAAACCGACAUCCUAAUAAUCGGCAGCGGCAACGCUGGCCUCUGCGCCGCCAUCUCCGCCGCGCAAACUAUCCAACAAAACCAACCCAAAAAUAGCAACUCACGAGUCCUCCUAAUCGACAAAUGUCCCAAUCAAUGGGCCGGCGGAAACUCCUACUUCACUGCCGGCGCCUUCCGCACCGCCCAUAAUGGCCUAUCAGACCUCCUCCCGCUCGUCAAUAAUGUUGAUGCAUCCACAGCUACUAAAAUCGAUAUGCCUGCGUACACGGACGAGGCGUUUAUGGGUGAUAUGCAGCGUGUCACGGGUGGACGGACGGACCCGGUUCUGUCGAAGACGUUGGUUGAAAACUCGAAUGAGACGGUGAAGUGGCUGAGGAGCGUUGGAGUGCGGUUCCAGUUGUCGUUUAAUCGGCAGGCGUAUGAGGUUGAUGGACGGGUGAAGUUCUGGGGUGGAUUGGCGUUGAAGACGGAGGAUGGGGGGAAGGGGCUGGUUAGUGAUUUAUGGGAUGCUGCGAGGGGGUUGGGGAUCGAAGUUGUGUUUGAAACGGCUGCAAAGAGGCUCAUUACUGAUGUGGAGACGGGGAUAGUAAAGGGUGUUAUUGUUUCGCAUUGUGAUAGGAACGGCGAUGCAGGUAGCUCUAGACGGUGGGAGGAAAGAGAGAUUCGUGCUGGUGCUGUGAUUCUCGCUGCGGGUGGGUUCGAGGCGAAUCCGCGGCUGCGCGCGCAGUAUCUUGGUCCGAACUGGGAUAUGGCGUUUGUGCGCGGCACGCCGUAUAACACUGGUGAGUGUUUGGAGAUGGCCCUACAGGAUCAGCAAGUCUCCGCACAACCCCAGGGAAACUGGUCUGGGUGUCAUUGUGUCGCGUGGGACGCGCACGCGGCCCCAGAUACAGGUAACCGAGAAGUUUCGAACGAGUAUACCAAGUCGGGAUACCCGCUCGGGAUCAUGGUUAAUCGGGACGGCAACCGAUUCAUCGACGAAGGGUCUGACAUGCGUAACUACACGUAUGCCGUGGUGGGACGAGCGAUCCUGAAUCAGCCGGGCCAUGUGGCGUUUCAGAUCUGGGACAAGCGGACGAGUUCCUGGUUACGCGAGGAGGAGUAUCGGGAUGAAGUUGUGCAGCGGAUUGAGGCGUCAUCGGUUGAGGAACUGGCGGAGGAGUGUGCCCGGGGCCAUGGUCUUGGGAACCCUUGUCGUUUCAUCGAGUCAGUUGCGGAGUAUAACCAUUCGGUAUCUGCGCGACAGGACGACGACCGAAACAACGGUACAGAGCGCAAAUGGGACCCGUCUGUCAAGGACGGCCUCUCGACUCAGUCGACUAACUCUGGUCUAUCCAUCUCCAAAUCCAACUGGGCCCUCCCCAUCGACGAACCCCCCUUCCUAGCCGUCAAAGUCAGCGCCGGCAUCACAUUCACCUUUGGCGGGCUAUCCAUCAACCCCGAAACAGCGGGCGUAAUUUCAACAACCGGCACAGAGGUACCAGGCCUAUACUGCGCCGGCGAAAUGGUUGGAGGAUUAUUCUAUGACAAUUACCCCGGAGGAAGCGGAUUGACAUCGGGGGCGGUUUUCGGACGCAGGGCUGGCCGGGCGGCGGCGGCGGGAGUUGUGCCUUAUAUAGGGCCGUAAAACACUGAUCUACACCGUACGGAAUAAUUCAGUGAUAUACAUAGCAGAGUACAUACAGGGUACAGAUGUACACUGUAUAUCUGUAGAUCGACUGUUGAUCGGUCCGGUUGAUCUACAAGAUGGACAAGUUCUGCC